GCUUGGUCCAUGUGCGACUUCCGGUAUAAAUUGCAAAAAUGGCGACGAGUGCUGGAGAUUGGUGCUUGAUUGAAAGUGAUCCUGGUGUAUUCACAGAACUUAUUAAAGGAUUCGGGUGUACUGGUGUUCAGGUUGAAGAAAUAUGGAGUAUGGAUCCUGACAGUUUUGAGAAACUCAAACCUGUGCAUGGUUUGAUAUUCUUGUUCAAAUGGCAACCUGAAUCGGAACCCCAGGAUUCUAUUGUACAGGACAGUCGUCUGGAAAAAAUAUUCUUUGCAAAGCAAGUCAUCAACAAUGCAUGUGCGACACAGGCCAUCCUUAGUAUACUCCUCAACUGUGACCACAAAGAUGUUGGUAUUGGAGACACUCUUCAGUCAUUCAAGGAAUUUGUUCAAGGAUUUGAACCUGCUUUACGAGGAUUAACCCUGAGUAACUCUGACAUCAUCAAACAGGUCCACAACAGUUUCUCCAGACAACAGAUGUUCGAGUUUGAUGAGAAGAUGGCGAAGAAAGAUGAUGACGUGUUCCACUUUGUUGGUUAUCUACCUAUUGAUGGCCGCCUGUAUGAAUUGGAUGGUCUUAAGGAUGGACCAGUUGAUUUAGGCGCUAUCCCAGGAGAGACUGAUUGGCUGACACUGGUCAGGCCAGUAUUAGAGAAGAGGAUGCAAAAAUACAGUACAGAUGAGAUCCACUUUAAUCUGAUGGCUAUAGUAUCAGACAGAAGGAGUGUGUAUGAAAGACGAGUAGCAGAACUCACCGCACGAUUACAGGAUGAUGCCAUGGAAACAGACAACAUUCCAACAGAGCUAAGUCAUCUACAGGAACUUAUACAAGAGGAAGAGAGAAAGACACAGAGGUACAAGGUAGAAAAUAUAAGAAGGAAGCAUAAUUACCUCCCUUUCAUCAUGGAACUACUAAAGAUAUUAGCAGAACAGAAGCAGCUUGUUCCUCUGGUGGAGAAGGCAAAAGAAAAAGCAGCAAAGAAAAAAGAAGAAAAGGCAAAAUAGCUAGGUGAUGGAGUUAACAACCCUUUUUACAGGUGCUAACUAAACAGCCACAGGAAAGAGAGAAGUGUCUCAGGAAAACUUUGGAAAGUAAAGGUCUUAGAUGAUGAAGAAAGCACACGAGAUGAGCACCAGGAAUUUUACAUAGGAUGGGAAUAGGGACAUCCAUUACAACGGCAGACUAGUUAUCUAGGCUCUGGACUCGGAAUAUCCUUGUUAUAUGGGGAUCUCAUCUUAUAGUCUCCGCACACGAAAUAUACGUUACUUUGGAGAUCUGGUCUUUAGUCUUCAGAGUUGGAAUAUCCAUGUUGCAACAGGAAACAAUUCCUCUAGUAUUCUGAGGUGAAGUGUCCUUAAUACCGCAGGGAUGUCAUCUCUAGUCUCCAGAGUAGGAAUAUCCCUGCUAACAUGGGAUCUCGACCUCCUUUCUCUAGAGUAGGGGGAUCCUUGUCAAGCUAAAUCAAAGCACUUUACAGUAUCCCUGUUAACACAGAAUCUCGACCUCCAGAGUAAGAACAUCCCUGUUAUUUUGGGGAUCUUUAUUCCUUUAUUCUUCUGAGGAUUAUCCUAGUUAUCAAGGGGACCUUAUUCUCUAGUCUCCAACGAUGCUGUGCCAUUUCACCAGUUUUUUCUCCAGCAUUGGCUUGGAUACAUAUGAACAAUGUAUUGCAAUAUGUGUGACCAGUUUAGUUGAGAGUAUAUGCCCUAGGCUGCUUGAUUUUACAGGUAGAUGAGGUGAUGAUGAAUUUUAGUAUCAAACUCAUUUUACCACAGUAUGUGUGACUUUGAAAGCUGGUACAACAUGCCAGAUUCUUAAUGCUGUACUUGGUAACUUCCUGUUGUACUAUAUAUUGUUAUAUGUUGUUAAAAAAGAAAAACACCAUUUGUAAUUGAAGAGAAAGAAGCAUACAUGGAUUACUUCAGAGCUAAUAGUUUUGCUUUGAAGGUCUAGAGCAGCAUUUCAAAUUACUAAGUUUCACUAUAAGUCUGUUUCACAAAAUCAGCAUUUAGCAUUUAAGCAUAAAGCAUUUGCUAAAUUGCUUAUUGUGAAAUGUUUAAUGCUAAAUGCUUAUGUGACAUGCUGCUCUAGACCUUAAAUGUGGAAAAUAUUUCCCAUAAAACAUUUCAAAUUAAACAUUUCUCAUUAAAGUAUUUCCAUCGGGCAUUAAACAUCAUAUUGGCUUUCCAUAUAAGGAUGGUCAUAUAGUCUUGUGGGGUAAUUAAUGGAUGGUUAGAUAGUCUUAUGGGGUAAUUAAUGGAUGGUCAUAUAGUCUUGUGGGGUAAUUAAUGUAUGGUCAGAUAGUCUUGUGUGGUGAUUAAUGGAUGGUCAGAUAGUCUUGUGGGGUAAUUAAUGGAUGGUCAGUCAGAUUAAACAGUAAGUACAUCUUGUUGGAUAUAUUGAUGAGAUGGUGAUAUGGAUGUAGGGUGUUUGUUGUUAACAGAUUUUAGUACCUGCAGAAUUGUCCAUACAAUACGUUGUUAACAUAUUUUAGUACCUACAGAAUUGUCCAUACAAUACAAGGAUCCUGUGAUGUCUGUUACUAGUGAAGACAGGAUCCUGUGAUGUCUUUUACUAGUGAAUACAGGGUCAUGUGAUGUCUGUGUUACUAGUGAACACAGUGUCAUGUGAUGUCUGUGUUACUAGUGAACACAGGAUCCUGUGAUGUCUGUUACUAGUGAAUACAGGGUCAUGUGAUGUCUGUGUUACUAGUGAAUACAGGGUCAUGUGAUGUCUGUGUUACUAGUGAAUACAGGGUCAUGUGAAGUCUGUUAAUGUGACUCAAUAAUGCAGAUACAUGAACACAGGGACCUGUAAUGUCUAUGAGAAUGUUAUCUAAACAUGAGGUCAUACAAGAUCUUUGUGAUUGUUAUUCCCUAAUACACCUGUGAGGUCUUUUUGAAUGUUACAAAAGAACACAGGGACCUGUGAUGUCUUUGAGAAUGUAAUACUAACACAGGGUCAUGCCAGGUCUAUGAGAAUGUAAUGCUAACACAGGGACCUGUGAGGUCUUUGAGAAUGUUACUCUCUAACACAGGAUCCUUAGAUGUCUGUGUUACUCCCUAACACAGGGACCUGUGAGGUCUUUGAGAAUGUUACUCUCUAACACAGGAUCCUUAGAUGUCUGUGUUACUCCCUAACACAGGGACCUGUGAGGUCUUUGAGAAUGUAACUCUUUAACACAGGAUCCUUAGAUGUCUAACACAGGGACCUGUGAGGUCUUUGAGAAUGUUACUCUCUAACACAGGAUCCUUAGAUGUCUGUGUUACUCUCUAACACAGGGUCCUGUGAGCCCAGACUAGUUUGUUAUAUUACAUUAAACUUGCAAUGUAAAUCUUAUUUCUUUUACUGUUGUGUCAGCUAUUGAUAUCUUUAAAGUUAUAAUUAAAAAUGAAUUGAAAUAU